AGAUGCUAGGAUAGGAGAUGAAACAUGUUUUGAAGUGCGUGUUGUCACAGGUCAUUAUUACAGAGAAUUUAGUAAUUAUCCUCUAUUUCUGAAACCUACAUUUGAAGACAGCAGUACAUUCCAGUGUUUGGUAGGGAAAUACUGUCAUGUACAUCUGUGGACUUCAAAGUUAUUAACCAAAACCAAUUGUCCAGUUCUAAAAUCUGACGAAAACUUUGAAAGCGGUGUGUUCAUUAUUCCUCCAUUAAAUCAAACUCUAUUUCCUUGCAUGUAUGACGUUGUACUAAGAAUGGAUCAACCAGCCAACAAAUCUGUCUGCUUUUCACUAAAUGACGGAAUGUUCACCGAGAAAAGAUGCUACAUAAUUCAAUUUUCCUUCUCAUUGAGUGUGAAAGGGUCUUGUGCUCAAAAGUCGUGUAGUAACGGUGGAUUCUGUGAUGGACAUGAAGACACAAGGAAGUGUUUUUGCCGAGUGGGGUUCUCUGGUGAUAGCUGUUCUACUGAGUUUGGUAUCCCCCAAGAGAUGCAUACACAGAAUAUACAAUAUCCUCUGCUUGGAAAUGUACUUCUACCAAAAAGAAUGAAUUGUCCUUUGAAUUAG